AUGCACCAUAGUAGUGAAGAUGUUACAGUGACGAAGCUGAAGUGUCCGCUGCCCCUCACGUGUGCUAUACCAAGGUUCCUCACCUGGCAGUGCCAAGAGGUUGUGGUGCCACCCUCCAGCAGUGAUGGCUUGCUACAGUGCCAAGAGGUUGUGGUGCCACCCUCCAGCAGUGAUGGCUUGCUACAGUGCCAAGAGGUUGUGGUGCCACCCUCCAGCAGUGAUGGCUUGCUACAGUGCCAAGAGGUUGUGGUGCCACCCUCCAGCAGUGAUGGCUUGCUACAGUGCCAAGAGGUUGUGGUGCCACCCUCCAGCAGUGAUGGCUUGCUACAGUGCCAAGAGGUUGUGGUGCCACCCUCCAGCAGUGAUGGCUUGCUACAGUGCCAAGAGGUUGUGGUGCCACCCUCCAGCAGUGAUGGCUUGCUACAGUGCCAAGAGGUUGUGGUGCCACCCUCCAGCAGUGAUGGCUUGCUACAGUGCCAAGAGGUUGUGGUGCCACCCUCCAGCAGUGAUGGCUUGCUACAGUGCCAAGAGGUUGUGGUGCCACCCUCCAGCAGUGAUGGCUUGCUACAGUGCCAAGAGGUUGUGGUGCCACCCUCCAGCAGUGAUGGCUUGCUACAGUGCUACAAGGUUGUGGUGCCACCCUCCAGCAGUGAUGGCUUGCUACAGUGCCAAGAGGUUGUGGUGCCACCCUCCAGCAGUGAUGGCUUGCUACAGAGCUACAAGGUCGCUGGGUUUGGAUACAUUUUGCUGUAG